GGGUUUUAGGCCCGGAGGAGCCCCGCACAGCCUGCCGAGGCUUCUGCUGCGCUGCUGAGACGCGCUGCGCCGGACGGCACUCGUGCAAGCAAGUGGACGUUACCCGUUUCUCACCCAGCAGGAUGGUGGUGUUACACAGCUAUUGUGAGGGAAAUGAGUCCCUGGCACAAGCAUGGACCCAAGAGGGAUUGUCCCCCUGCUUCUACUUCACACUAGUCCCUGCAGUGCUACUCAGUGUCUGUCUCCUAUUGGGUGCUCUACAGUAUACCUGUUAUGCUCAGUUCAGCCGCACUAUGGAACCAAAGUAUAUCCCUCGCUCCCGCCUGUACUAUACCCAAAUCCUGGUCUCUCUAUUCCUCGCCCUGAUGCCCUUCUGCACUUUCUUGUGGCAAGUGGUGGGCACCCAAGAACUUUAUGGAUAUAUGGUGCUGAAUGUUUGCUUGUCAGCCAUUAGCUGGGCUGCCUCGAUUGGGCUGCUGCAUCUGGAACGCACCAGGGUGAUGGUGCAGGAUCGGAUCAGAGGCCAUGGAGCAAUCCUCCUCCUCUACUGGGCUCUGGCUUUUUCUUCUGAGAAUUUGGCCUUCAUCUCAUGGAACAGCCCACUUUGGUGGUGGGAAUUAAAAGACACUAACCAAAAGGUCCAGUUCAGCCUGUGGUUCCUGCGUUACAUCAGCACCUUCACCCUCUUCGUUUUGGGGAUCAAGGCCCCAGGGCUGCCCCGAAAACCCUACAUGCUUUUAAUCAAUGAAGAUGAGCGUGAUGUGGAAAUCAGCGAGCCCCUGCUUCCAGAUGCCAGGCAGAACACCUCCACGUGGAAGGAUAUGGGCCAGAAAAUACUCAUCCUUAUGCAAUACAUGUGGCCAAAGAAGAACUACCCACUUCAGGGCAUGGUGAUAUUCUGCCUGAUGCUUAUGGGGAUGGAGCGUGCCAUCAAUGUCUUUGUGCCCAUCUACUACAAGCAUAUCGUGGAUGACCUCACAGAGAGAGUGACGUGGCACAUAGUGCUUCAGACCAUUUGCAUCUAUGCAUUCCUGAAGUUCCUUCAGGGAGGAGGAGCAGGAACAACCGGCUUCAUUAGCAACAUGCGCACCUUUCUGUGGAUCCGCGUGCAACAGUUCACCAGCCGCGAAGUCCAGGUAGAGCUCCUCCGGCACCUGCAUAACCUGUCUCUUCGCUGGCACUUGGAGCGCAAGACUGGCGAGGUGUUACGCAGCGUUGACCGAGGCACUAGCAGCAUCAACAACUUACUCAGUUACAUCAUAUUCAGCAUCUUACCCACGGUGGCCGAUAUUAUAAUUGCUAUUGUGUAUUUCGCCAUUACCUUCAGCGGCUGGUUCGGCCUCAUCAUCUUCCUCUGCAUGAGCCUUUACCUCACACUGACUAUAAUACUGACUGAAUGGCGAACAAAGUACCGCCGCGACAUGAAUCUUCGUGACAAUGAUGCCAAAUCUCGAGCUGUUGACUCACUUCUCAACUUUGAGACGGUGAAGUAUUACAAUGCAGAGGACUAUGAGGCUAGACGCUUCAAUGACGCCAUUGUCAAGUAUCAGGUUUCAGAAUGGAAAGUGAAUGCCUCUCUGGCCCUGUUAAAUCAGACACAGAAUCUGGUGAUUGGUCUGGGGCUGCUGGCUGGAUCCCUCCUAUGUGCUUCUUAUGUGAUUAAGAAGAAGCUCUAUGUAGGCGAUUAUGUUCUCUUUGGCACAUACAUUAUUCAGCUGUAUACCCCACUGAAUUGGUUUGGCACAUAUUACAGAAUGAUCCAGUCCUCAUUUGUUGACAUGGAGAAUAUGUUUGAGCUCUUCAGUGAGGAACAGGAGGUGAAGGAUGAACCAGGUGCUGGAGAUCUUCGAUUCCUGUCAGGACGUGUGGAAUUCGAAAACGUCCAUUUUGGCUACACAGAAGGGAAGGAAAUUUUACAUGACGUUUCCUUUACCGCAAUGCCUGGACAAACUAUAGCACUGGUGGGACCUUCUGGGUCAGGAAAGAGUACCAUUGUCCGCCUGCUGUUCCGCUUUUAUGAUGUGUGGGGAGGCUGCAUACGAAUAGAUGGGCAGGAUAUCUCUAAGGCAAAGCAGGUCUCUGUGCGUUCCCAUAUUGGGGUAGUGCCUCAGGACACCGUCCUCUUCAAUGAUACCAUUUGCAACAACAUCCGAUAUGGCCGUAUUGAUGCUACCAAUGAAGAAGUUAUGGAGGCUGCCAUGACUGCUAAUAUCCAUGAUCGCAUCCUCACAUUUCCUGAUGGUUACGAGACGCAGGUUGGUGAGCGAGGCCUGAAGCUGAGUGGUGGGGAAAAGCAACGAGUUGCUAUUGCCCGCACCAUCUUGAAGAACCCUGACAUCCUCUUGUUUGAUGAGGCAACAUCAGCACUGGACACUAAGACGGAAAGAAAAAUCCAGUCAUCGCUGGCUAAAGUAUGCGCCAAUCGCACCACUAUUAUUGUGGCUCACAGGUUAUCAACCAUAGUUAAGGCUGAUCAAAUUCUUGUUAUCCGGAAUGGCCAUGUGAUAGAGCGUGGAAGGCACGAGCAGCUGCUAAAGAAAGGGGGCCUCUACUCUGACAUGUGGGCUCACCAAGGGAGUGAGAUGCCUAGUGGCUCAGACAUCGACAGCAAGGUCAGCCUAUCGAAAGCUGGGCCUGAGGAAUUAGAAGCAGGUAGUGUGGAGGCUGAACCUGAAACUCAGGAUGAACCCGAAACUCAGGAGGAGCCUGAAGAAAAGGAGCCUGAAGAAGAGGAGCCUGAAGAAGAGGAGCCUGAAGAAGAGGAGGAUGAAGAGGAGGAUGAAUCAGAGGAUGAAUCAUAGCCAAGCAACUGAAAAAACCAUUGAAUGUCUCCUGCACGAUGGAGCUUGAAACUAAAAAGGGGGGCUGCUACCUUACCCUGGACAUUUGUGAUGGCUUCUCACGCAAUGGGAAAGCUCUGGUCCCUAGAACAUUUAGCAGAUCCACCAAGGUGGUUAUGGAAAUCAAAUUUAGAGGAAGCAUAAACAUAGUUUAUUCUUAGCCUGCUCAUAGUGAUGGGACCACAAGUUGUCCUACAAGCAGCUGUCGGGUGCAAAAUACGUUGCUUGGUGACCCAGACUUGCUAGUAAAGGGGAGAAAUAGAGGACCAGAGUCACCUUGCCCUACCACCAUUGACACAGAUAAAUGUCUUCCUUCACAAGAUGAACUGGGUAGGUGGGGAGAGGAAAAUACUUACAGCUGUGAGUAUUGCCAGCGUUCUGUAUGGAACCAGAGGAAUCCUCAGGGAAAGGAGGCGCAUUUUCAUAAGUUCUGAUUUUGAAAUGUCUUGUUUGAUUUUCAUAAACUGUUUUCAGAUCAAUUUGCAGAUCGCAUUUGUUUCAGUCUCGCUGGUUAAAAAGAAAGGACUAAGUAGUAACUGACUGAAAAUCCUUUUCAACUAUUGUGUUGGUGAGAGGAGGAAGAUUCAUAAAGUGCUGGUCUUACUAAUAA